AUGCUCAUAAAAGAGCCGGAGCCAUUUAAAGAUGAACUUGACGGAUCUUCUCUAAGAAUUGCUAUUGUUCAUGCCCGCUGGAAUAUAUUUGCUGUCAGUCCUUUAGUAGAAGGUGCAAAAAAGGCUUUAAUUAAACACGGAGUAAGACCAGAAAACAUAUAUAUUGAAUCUGUGCAAGGUAGUUGGGAAUUACCAUUUUCUAUUUAUAAGAUCAUUGAAGCGUCAAAAUUAAAAGAAAAUAAAUGUCUUAAGUCCUCAAAAGUUGAUAGAAAACCAGAAACAUCUGACUCAUUAUUCAAGCAAGAAAACAUAGAAACAUUAAGACAAAUAAAGGGAGAAUUUGAUGCAGUAAUAGCGAUAGGUGUUUUAAUUAAAGGAGAAACAAUGCAUUUCGAGUAUAUUUCUGAUAGUGUUUCCCAUGGACUUAUGAAAGUUCAACUUGAUACAGGGAUUCCUAUCGUUUUUGGAAUUUUAACAGUUUUCAAUAAAGAACAAGCACUUGAACGUUCAGGAAUGUCUGGAGAAUUUCGGAAAAAUCAUGGCAAGUGUGUCUUUUUAUUUUUUUUUUCUUAAAAUUUUAGGCGAAGAUUGGGGAUUUGUAGCAGUAGAACUUGGUGUAAAAAGAAAAAAAUGGGAAAAUGGUGAACUAUAAGAGAUAUUCAUCUAUUGAGACAAAACA